AUGUUUACUGUACCAGGCUGGUCAGUGUCUGCAGCCGAACUGAAAGUACAGCAGCAGCCCACUGCUGUUCAGCAGUCUGCCCCUAAAGAAGACCUACAAUCUAGUGUAUCUAAGUCGACUAAACGAAAACGCAAGGAUGGCACCGGAGACAAAGUCACAAAUUCCAAUGUCGAUGAGAUGUGGAGGAAGCAUAUUGAAGGGCUUCCCAAACGAAAUAAUUCGAAACAAGUGAAAAAGCAAAAGAAAAAGGAAAAGAUUCAAAAAAAUGGUACUUCGGACACUGGGUCGGCCCCCAACAAUGGGUCGGAACCUCCUCAAAAGAAGGUGAAAACGGACGGCUCGUUGCAACAUAUUAAGAAUGAUGAAGUUCAAACCCUGGGCUCUAAACCGGCCAUACCAUCUGUACCUUCGGACUCCCACCUAACGACUCUUCAAAAAACGAUGCGGGACAAGUUGAUCUCGGCACGAUUUAGACAUCUCAACGAGACCCUAUAUACAACCCCAUCCACACAAGCACUGAAGCUUUUUACAGAAAGCCCUGAGCUUUUCACCGAAUACCAUACCGGCUUCUCACGACAAGUGAAGGAAUCAUGGCCCUCAAAUCCAGUAGACCAUUACAUUCUUUCUGCCAAAAAGAGAGGUGCUAUACGGGUGCAAAAAGGGAAAAAAUAUCCCGAAACACCAGGAGAACUGGUUCCACUGCCUCGACGCCCGAGCGGAUUAUGUACCGUUGCCGAUCUGGGAUGUGGUGACGCCCAGUUUUCUCGUGCUCUUUCUCCGCUGUCUAAGAAAUUGAAGCUCAAAAUACUCAGUUAUGACCUCCAUGAGGGCGAUCCUUUGAUUACAAAGGCUGAUAUUUCAUCCUUGCCACUUGAGGAUGGUACCGUUGAUAUAGCGAUAUUUUGUCUUAGCCUGAUGGGAACUAAUUGGGUCUCCUUUGCUGAGGAAGCCUGGAGAGUUUUGAGGGGAGAUGGUAAGGGUGAAUGCUGGGUUAGCGAAGUCAAAAGUCGCUUUGGAAAAGUGACGAGAAAAAACAAGCAAAGCACAAAGCCUGCCCCUAAGAAUAAGGGUAAGCAGAAGAAACGUAAGGGCCAAGACAAUGAGGAGGCGGACAAUACCAAUAGCAAUGAUAUAUUUGCGGAAGAUGCAGGAAGCAAUCAGAAUUCCCAGGAUGAAACAGAUAUCUCUACUUUUGUGGAGGUAUUCCGGACACGAGGUUUCAUUUUAAAGCCCCAAUCUGUGGACAAGUCAAACAAAAUGUUUGUGAAAAUGGAGUUUGUGAAGCAUGGAAUGCCAACGAAAGGCAAAUGGGCCAGUGCUGGUGGCCCAAGUAAAGGGCCAAACAAGAGGUUCUUGGAACCAGAAGCCAGUGGGUUGAGUCCAGAGGAAGAAGCGAAGGCUCUGAAACCUUGUGUUUAUAAGCUUAGAUAA